AUGGCGCUUCGUCCCACAGCUCUCGGAGCCUUGCUCCCCCGAGAUGGUGGUGACCAAAAAGAUGCUGGUCAGGAGCUUAUCGACCUUCUGAAGAACCCAUUUGUAGCUGACAAGCUUGCUACGGCCUCCGUAUACUCUGCCUUGGCUACAUCCCUUGGUGUUACAGCAUUUAUCGCCAUAUGCUUCUCCUUCAUUCGUCCAUAUCACCAAGCUAUUUACGCUCCGAAAUCAAAGCACGCAGACGAGAAACAUGCGCCACCGCCUAUCGGAAAAGAGCCAUGGGCUUGGAUCACGCCUCUUCUGAAUACGAAAGAAGUUACCCUCAUGAACCAGAUUGGCAUGGACGCGACUAUAUUCUUGCGCUUUAUCCGCAUGUGCAGAAAUAUGUUCUUGAUCUUGGCUCUCAUUGGCGUUGGCAUUCUCGUUCCUGUCAAUUUGACCAACUUCAAAGACUUUUCAACCUCUUCGCAACCCGACACAACCGAGUGGAUGUUGAGAAUUACGCCUCGCAACGUUUUCGGCUCACCUCACUGGGCUUUGGUGGUGGUUGGCUACCUGUUCAACAUUGUCGUCAUGUCUUUUCUGUGGUGGAACUACCGCAAAAUUCUUCAUCUUCGCAGAAAGUACUUUGAAUCAGAGGAGUACCAGUGCAGCUUGCAUGCCCGUACCCUUAUGCUUUUUGACAUUCCCCGCCAGGGAUGCUCUGAUGAAGGAAUUGCGCGAAUUAUCGACUCUGUCGUGCCCAAUUCAUCGUUCGCAAGAACUGUCGUGGCCCGAAAUGUCAAGGAUCUUCCUGAACUGAUCGAAGAACACGAAAAAACCGUACGCAAGUUGGAAAAGGUCCUCGCCAAGUAUUUGAAGGACCCGCAGAACUUACCAGCAGCACGACCAACUUGCAAGGCCUCUAAAAAGGAUCGGUCUUUUGAUACGUACCCGUCAGGACAGCGACUGGAUGCCAUUGACUACCUCACACAGCGCAUCAGGGACCUCGAAAUUGAGAUCAAAGAAGUUCGAGUUAGUGUGGACAGGCGCAGCACCCAGCCCUAUGGUUUUGCCAGUUACUCUGAGAUUGCAGAAGCGCACAGUAUUGCGUAUGCCUGUCGAAAAAAGAAGCCUCAUGGAGCGACUGUGAGGCUGGCUCCACGACCAACCGAUGUCAUCUGGCACAAUAUGCCCCUAUCUAGUGCCACCCGUAGUCGAAGACGGUGGAUCAACAAUUUAUGGAUUGCCGUCCUGACCAUGCUGUGGGUUGCGCCCAACGCAAUGAUUGCCAUCUUCCUAGUCAACUUGAGUAACCUGGGCAAGGUGUGGAAAGGUUUUCAGACAUCGCUUGAGGCGCAUACUGAUAUUUGGGGUGUUGUCCAAGGUAUAGCCUCGCCCGCCUUGACUUCGUUGGUUUACCUGGUCUUGCCCAUGAUCUUCCGUCGACUUUCGAGCAAAGCUGGCGACCAAACAAAGACUGGCAGAGAACGACACGUGUUGGGCAAGCUGUACGCCUUCUUCGUUUUCAAUAAUCUCGUCGUCUUUUCCUUUUUUGGUGUCUUAUGGUCCUUUAUUGCUGGAGUAAUCAUGGCCACUGAGGGCCAAAACGGUUCAAAGAAAGACGCGUGGUCUGCCAUCCUCGACGGGAAUCUUGCCCAGAACAUCGUUAUUUCGUUCUGCAACAACAGCAUUUUCUGGGUCACAUAUUUGCUUCAACGGCAACUUGGUGCAGCUGUCGACCUCGCCCAAAUUUGGCCACUCAUUGUCGCCUUCUUCCAAAAGAAAUUUUCGAGCCCAACGCCCAGAGAACUCAUCGAGCUAACGGCCCCGCCUCCGUUUGAAUAUGCCAACUACUACACAUAUUUCCUCUUCUACUCGACGGUUACGCUAUGUUUCGGUACCAUCCAACCGCUUUGUCUCCUCGCAACCGCCAUGUACUUCUCCAUCGACUGCUACCUCAAGAAAUAUCUGAUUCUUUAUCGAUUUGUCACCAAAACAGAAUCUGGCGGCUUAUUCUGGCGAGUUGUUUUCAAUCGCAUGAUACUUGGGGCUAUCCUUGCUAACGGCGUGGUACUGCUCACAACUUGGGCCCGUGGCGAUGGCACGCAUAUGCAGUUUUAUGCCGUGUGCCCAUUGCCAUUCAUGAUGAUUGCGUUCAAGAUCUACUGUUCAAAGGCCUUUGACGACAAGAUGCGAUACUACAACACUCAAUAUUCGGCACAGCACCCUGAAGCCGGGAUGCAAGGCGAUUCGCGAAGCCGUAGCGAUAAGUUGGCGAGUCGUUUCGGCCAUCCUGCGCUCUACAAACCUCUCAUUACUCCAAUGGUGCAUCAGAAGGCACAGAAUCUCCUGCCUUCGGUGUACCGUGGUCGGCUGACGGAUGGACGCGACAACGAUGGUGCCGACCUGGCGACUGUUAGUGGUUACUCGGAUGUGUAUGCACUGGAUAGUAUGAAGGGCGGCAAACCGGGAAAGACAGCAAACGCUGUGCCUGGAUUCGAAUACGUCUCGGAUGCACAGAUGGAUUUCCAGUACUACAAAAAUCGAGCAGAAUUUGUGGACGAGCAUGGUGGAGGCGAAAUGUACGGCAAGGGAAGCGACAUUAUGCGAAUGGGGACGCCAGGCUCGUUGGAUGAUGUGGGUAGUAUCCGUUCUGUCUCACGGCCUGCCUCUCCCAUGAUGAGCGGUGUUGGCGGCCCCGGCCAGCCUCGUCGCGUCAUGACCAACAUGUCCAAGUCCGACACGGGAUACCCGUCCUACAGACCGUCCAACGCGGCAUACGGACCGCCUUCGGACCCCGUCUCCCGCGGAGGCACACCCCUAUAUGCCCACGACAACGGCAGCUCCUCGGGCCUAGUUCGCAACGCCGCCGCCAUGGCUGCUCCGCCAGGCUUCAACUCCCGUGAGGGGUCUAUGGAACGUGGUCGCAUGACUCCACCAAGGGUACACUCGCCUGUCCCCCAGAGAGUUGGCUCUCCUCAAGUAUCGCGUGGUCCUGCCGCGGGCCCUUCAAUUGGUGCCAUGGGCGGGGGGCCUCAGGGUUACAGUGACCUUCAGCAGCAGGAUGAAGUGGACCCGUACGCGGAUCCCAUGCAGUAUAAUUACUUCAGAGGCGGAAGCGGGAAUAAACAUGCUCGACAGCCAGGAGAAGGAUGGUAG